GACAUACAAUUAUUAAUAAUUCCAGGCAGUUUCGGUAGUGGCUAAUUAAAGAAUAGUCAUUACCGACUGACAUUUUCAGAAAAGUUUGUUUCCAUAAUGUCCCACGAGUCACAAGUGCACUUGUUGAAAGUGUACUAGUUCGUUUUAUAUUUGUGGGUAGACACUUUUAAAAAAAAAGCUAUUGAGACAUUCAGGCUUCCGUAGCUUUUAACUUUUUACGGUAUGGUACGAUUAAAGAUAAAUUAAAAGUUUAGGUUGAAUUACAAAAAUUGUUUACUUAAGAUUCUUAAAAAAUGGAUGGUGAAAAUAUGAAGAUAGAAAAAUCAUGUUCCGAGCUGAUAAUUAAGCAUGAAGAUAAAGAUAAUGAUGAAAUGUUUAAGGAAUUGGAUCUAAACAAUCAUAACAUGAGUGAUGAUAUUGAUAAUAAGGCGAAAAUUAUAGAAAAAGAACGAAUAAAAAUUGAACAAGAAUUACAUUCAGAGCUAAUAAUUAAAGACGAAUAUUACGAUGAAGUAUUGGAAGUAACUAAUCCAGAUCAUGAUAAAAAAGAAAACUAUUCUUGUGAUGUUUGUGAAAAAACAUUUACCCUAAAGAGAACUUUAGUUAACCAUUUACGUAUUCAUACUGGGGAAAAACUUUUCUCUUGUUAUGUUUGUGAAAAAAAAUGUACCCAAAGGAACGAUUUAAAUAAGCAUAUACUAAUUCAUACUGGGGAAAAACCUCAUUCGUGUACUGUGUGUGAUAAAAAAUUUACCCUAAAGGACCAUUUAAAUCAGCAUAUACGAAUUCAUACUGGGGAAAAACCUUUUACGUGUAAUGUGUGUGAUAAAAAAUUUACCCAUAGGAACAAUUUAAAUAGGCAUAAACUAAUUCAUACUGGGGAAAAACCUCAUUCGUGUACUGUGUGUGAUAAAAAAUUUACCCUAAAGGACCAUUUAAAUCAGCAUAUACGAAUUCAUACUGGGGAAAAACCUCAUUCGUGUACUGUGUGUGAUAAAAAAUUUACCUACAAAAUCAGUUUAGAUAAGCAUAUUCAAAUUCAUACUGGGGAAAAACCUCAUUCGUGUACUGUGUGUGAUAAAAAAUUUACUCUAAAGAACUAUUUAAAUCAGCAUAUACGAAUUCAUACUGGGGAAAAACCCUUUACGUGUACUGUGUGUGAUAAAAAAUUUACCCAAACGGCCCAUUUAAAUCAGCAUAUACGAAUUCAUACUCAGGAAAAACCUUUUUCUUGUUAUGUGUGUAAUAAAAAAUUUACCCAUAAGAACAGUUUUGAUAGGCAUAUACUAAUUCAUACUGGGGAAAAACCUCAUUCGUGUACUGUGUGUGAUAAAAAAUUUACCCUAAAGGACCUUUUAAAUCAGCAUAUACGAAUUCAUACUGGGGAAAAACCUUUUACGUGUAAUGUGUGUGAUAAAAAAUUUACCCAUAGGAACAAUUUAAAUAGGCAUAUACGAAUUCAUGAGGAAAUACCUUACUCAUGUGGCGUAAGGGCUUAUACAAAGGGAAAAUCAUUUAAAUGUGAUAUUUGCUUAAAAAUAUUAAGCAACAAAAUAAGUUUCAUGAAACAUAUACAAAUUCAUUUAGGACCUCCAUAUGCAUGCCAAAAUUGCGAUCGAGUUUUUACCCACAAAAACGAAUUAAACGAUCAUGAACAUAAAAAUCUUGUUAUUUUGAUUAGCAAAAUAAAAUGAUCAUAAAAUAAAACUCCUUUUUUGUUAAGAAUAAAGUACAAAACUAUUAAACACUCAGAGCCACGUUAUUUUGAUAUAAAAUGGGUCCGUUUAUGCCUUUGGUAAUAUACAAACUGGAUUUGGCAGGAGUGAGAAGUACCUCUCCAAGAUGAUUGAGAAGGAUAAUCAAUGACGAAACAUGAUUAUUAAUGCCCAUGUCUUAAUAUACAAUAUAAAAGUAUAGGAGCUCGCAACGUUUUCGAGAGAGAAUUUUAUUAUUGCUGAUUUUAUAUGUUGUUCUUCUUGCUCUUUAGGAUAGAGCUUAAUGGGGUCGAGUUAGGACGGGUCUGCGGGUUUUUGGCCCUUGCGUUCACUCUGUGAUUGAAUUCACCCUGUAAUCAACAGGUUGGCCAUGCCUUUAAUGGGGUCGAGUUAGCACGGGUCUGCGGGUUUUUGGCCCUUGCGUUCACUCUUUGAUUUGAUGUCAAUCAUACUUUUAACGGGAUCGAGUUAGCAUGAGUAUCAUAGAUUAAUAGUUGUUUUUAGGCUUUCAUACUAUCCAUUAACUGUGUCGUCAACCCUAUUUUUGCAUGUUUACACAAACAAGGUAGAUGUCACAUGUUGACGCCAUAUUCAUUUUGAAA